AUGCUGUACCUCAGAGGGAAAACGAAAGCUAGAAAGCAUCAAACAAGAGCCGCUCUGAUGGAUAUCACAAUCAAAAUGCUGAAUGGACCAAGUGUAUCUCUGACUGUGAACCCAGGGGACACUGUGGCCUCUCUGAAGUGCCUCAUUCACGGAUGCCUGAAAGUGGCCCCAAAUUGCCAGAAGCUCUCUAUUCAAAAUGGGCAGAUGAAAAUCCUCUCUGACAACUCCAAGCCACUGAGUUACUAUGGGUUGGUGUCUGGCUCCGAGAUUUUUCUUCUGGUGGUUGAAUCAACAAUCAUCCAGGUGUUUCUGAAGAAUGAGAAAGGUCAGACCAGUACGUAUGACAUCAACCCAGACGAGACCGUUUCCAACUUCAAAAGCAAAGUUUACUCACGAGAGAAGGUCCCUGAGGACCAGCAGAGGCUCAUCUAUGAGGGAAAAGAAAUGACCCAGGGCCGUCUGGCAGACUACGGCGUGUCAGCACUCGGAACAAUCUACUUGACCCUGCGCCUGCGAGGAGGCUAA